UAUAUUACCCUCAUAUCUUCUUAUAUGGUGAUAGAUUCAGAAAGGUUCAUAUAAUGUUUGAAGGAGAAUUAAAUAUCUUGAGAGUAGUGUUUAGGAUAUUGAUUAUAAGAGGAUCAGAUUAG